AUGGCACCUGCGAAAUCGACAGGCUACCCUCUCCGCUUUCCCAACCCUUUGCUGGCCGCCGCAAUCGCCUUUGGCCUGGGGCAGCUGUGCAUUUUGGCCCUCAACGACUCACUCUUACCAUCUCCCCUGAGAGCUUUACUGUAUGGCGUUGUCGGAGACAAUGCCACUGCGCGCACCAUAGCAGCAGUGGCAGCUGCUGUGCAUGUGGGGGAGGCCAGCGUGGCGCUAGGAAUAUGUGUCAAGAGAGGCUACGCCGUGGGCGCAUCAGUGUACUGGACUCUGCUGACGUUCAUUUUUGGCUUCGCUGGCCUCCUGCUUCUGCGCGACCUGGAGAAGCCCAAAUCAGCCACAGACUAG